AUGAAUUCGACAAUAUCAUCACCACCAUCAUGUCGAUACAAUGAAAGCACAUGUUAUUUUAUUGAUAUUAAAAAUAAUUGUUUAUCGGAUGAUAUGGUACUUAAUUUAAUUUUAAAAUAUGUUGUACCUACAUAUUAUGAAUGGAUUUGCAUUAUACUUUAUGUUAUUGUUUUUAUCGUUGGUACAAUUGGAAAUUUACUUGUAAUUAUUGUUAUUCAACGUAAUCGAAGUAUGAGAACAGUAACAAAUAUGUUUAUAAUGAAUUUAGCUGCAGCUGAUUUAUUAGUUCUUGUAUUUUGUUUGCCAGCAACUGUUGUUCAAGAUGUUACUAAAACAUGGUUUUUUGGUUUAGCACUUUGCAAAUUUGUCAACUAUGUUCAGAAUAUGUCUAUUUCUGUAUCUGUACUUACAUUAAUGGCGAUUUCAAUUGAACGUUAUCAAGCUAUUGUUCAUCCACUUAAAUUUAGUGGUACGAAACAACGUGCAAGAAUUUUAAUUCUUUCCGUUUGGAUACUUUCAUUAUUACUUGUUCUUCCAGACGUUAUUUUGAUGACGCUUAGACGACAAUUUGGAAAUAGAAUUGAAACGAUUUAUUUAACCUAUUGUCAAUGGGCAACUCAUCCAUUGUCGGAUCUUAUUUAUCAAUUACACAUAUCACUUUGUUUAUUUGUCAUCCCACUUUGUUUUAUGGUAUUUACAUAUUCUGGUAUUGCUAGAGUCUUAUGGGGAUCAUUACCAACAGAAAGAUUCUUUAAUGAUGAAAAACGUACAAUUAAUUCAAGUCAACAUAUGCUUUCAGAUGAAUCUCAUCUUAAUGGUCCUUUAAAUAGUAGUACAAAUCUUAUGAAUCCAACUAAAUCAGCUAAUUUAAUUGUACAAGAAAAUCGACAAAAAGCAGCUAAAAUGCUUAUAUCUGUUGUCAUUAUAUUUACUAUUUGCUAUAUACCAGUACAUGUCUUUAACUUAUUCAGAUAUAUUUAUACCUAUUUGGACUAUACUCAACAAGAGACUGAUGAUAAUUCAGAUCCUUGUUUUAAACCCAAUAUAGUUUCUCUCGAACGGACGGGUACAAUAAAAAUUGUGACAAUUAGUGCAUUAAUAUCUCAUUUUCUUCCCUAUUUUAAUUCAUCAAUUAAUCCUAUCAUAUACAAUAUCAUGAGUGAUAAAUUUCGUCUCAAAUUUCGCGAACUAUUCUCAUCAUGUUGUUGUUGCUGUAAAUCAUUUUUAAGAACGAAAUCAACGUCAUCAACAAUGAUACCAUUUCGAGCAUCAACUACAAUGCCAUAUGCAAGUCAACAGCCAUCACCUGUUUCAGCUGCAAGUAAUAAUACUCGAUGUAAUACGAAAACUAAUAAACAUAAACGACUCGGAAAGAAUUCAUUAACUAUUAGUAAUUCAACUGCUCAAAUUUUGGGUAAUAUUAAUAGUAAUAAUAUGACAAGACAUAAUGGUAUCAAUGCACAUAUACACAAUGGACCACCUGCUUUUCGUUUGACUAAUGUUUGA